CUCACAGAGUUCAGUACAACUCGAGAGAGAAGCUGCCGGCGUGAAAUUAGUUUUUUCAACUUUGAAAGUUAAUCUCGAAUUGCUACUAAAUAGUUUGCUUCGGCUGCACUUGUGCUCGUGUUCAAUUUCCACAAGCGAUUGCUUCUCUUUUUUUCUUGCUCCCUCAAGAAGAUAAUGUUUAGUUGUGCAUUGGAACAUAUAGUUAGUUCUUCGAUACAGCUUAAACAAUUUUGUGCAUUUCAUACGAGUACUGCCUUCUUUUUAAUCAGUGCUGACGAAAAAAUCGAAACUUUGUAGUUAAGUUGUUUCGUUGUGAAUUUGUGCAAGUGCAAUUUUCGUGCCUUUUAUAUUAGCAGCCUAAAAGGUUUAAUAUAAUUAUGGCUUUCUCAGAGAUGUACAACGAUGAUAUGGGUUUGCUUGGCGGCCUAUUCGAUGAACCAAACGACAAUUACGUGUCAUACGACAAUCCAAUGUUAAGCUUAGGAUUCGAAUCAACUGCUUACAUCGAUCAAUUACCGGAUCUCGGAUUGCCAACAUUCGCAUCUAAUCCUAACUCGUUCGAAGCUAAUUUGAAUAAUACGAGUCCAAUUGAUUCGGAACCAAACUUACCACCGGCCAAUUCAAUUAGCCCUCAAAGUACUUCAAAUCAUAGCGAUCACUCUGAUAAAGGGCCGACGCUUACAAGUUCAUGGUUCGAUAAUGAAGUCCCAGUACCUCUUCCAGGUAUUUUGAGUGACACAACACUGGAUCUUGAUUUUAUGAAUUAUCUUGCCGGUGAUACAACACCGGAAAAUGCGUUCGCGCAGUCGUUUAUGGAUUCAUUCUCUGUGGAGGAAUCUCCAUAUAGUCUACUGGAGAAUCCGGCAAGAAUACCUGCCGAUCAGCCAUCCUCACCAGCGCCACAAAAAGUAUCACAGAAAGUAGCACCAAAAGUAGCGCAAAAAGUAGCGCAAAAAGUAGAGCCCGAGGUUGGCAAAAAGCGAGGCCCAGGGCGACCACGAAAGAAUAAAGUGGCGUCACAAGAGACUAGAAAAACAACAAAAGAGAGCCGCGUUACAAGUCGCAAGCGUCAACAGAGCAACAACUUCCAGAGUCAGGUGGAGUUUGGAUAUCCAAAAUUGAGGGAAUUGACACUCUAUAAAGAGUUGGGUAGCGCAGGAACGACCCCUACCCCUAGCAGCGAGAGCUCGAACUCGCCUCCUUCCAAUGACAUUGAGGAUUUCGUACCUGCCCCGAUCCCAUCGGUUCGAAUAUACGCUCCAGUCGUUAGAAAGAGAAGAUCGACAUCAGAUGCAUCUGACAAGCUACCCCAGCCCAAGAGACAAAGGAAACAAGUUGAGACAACUCAACCCCCUGUAGAUCACCUUUACUCGGCCAAUACGAUCACGGCGCAACAUCCCAAGAGGAAAACUAAUGCGAGAACUACGGGGAAAAAGCUGAAACUUCGUUUACCAACUAAAAAGGCCCCAAAAGAACCUGCAUCUAUCUGUCAGAAGGAGUUACUGAGUGUCGCGCCUCUCAUCGAGGAAAAUGAAAAAGUCAUUAUACGCCCAGGAUACUCAUGCGAUGACCAAGUAGAAAAUGCAGAAAGACGAAAGGGACGAAAACGUAAUUUCAAAAAACCUCCGAUUCAAGAAAAGUACAAUAAAGCAGCAAACAACUCUAGAAGAGAAAGAAUCAUCAUGGCGCUACAACAACUUUUGACAAGAAACAAAAUCAUACAUCGGCGAAUGGCCAGAUUUUCGUUUCUCCCUGGAGUUACGACCCAGGAUGUUAAAAAUACGUGGAAUGAAUGGGUAAAAAUACAAAAUAAUCGAGAGGAGUAUUUGGAAAACAUUCGUUGUCAGACAGUCACAUCGUCGUCAAACAAUGAAAAUAUCAAUGAAGCUCGAUUGGAAGAGAUCCUCGCCAACAACGGAGUUAUGCGAGAGGAAAAGCCGAAAUUUCCCGAUCCACUCAAACUUGUCAACGAGUCUAAAAUCAUCCAUGAGGUUAAGCAAAGAUUUUCCGCUAACCAAGGAUUUAUUCUUUUCUUUAUCGAAAAAUUCAAAAUUUCGUCACCCUUGUUAUCAGGUUAUGUUUUGCAUAACAUACACCCCGAUAAUAUAUCAGAUAAAGUUAAAGAAAUUAUCCUCAAGGGUCAAAUAGCAAAACCUCCUCUACCGGUAAAGCGGGAGUGUAAACCGAAUGAUGAAGAAGAGGUAGAUAGUCUUAAAUACCGAGAAAGUCAUCGAAAUCGAUUGAGACAUAACGCAAUGGAACGUAAGCGACGUUUGGAGCAAAAGAUGGGCUUCGAGAUCGUCAAACUAAUGUGUCCCGAGCGGUACAAGCAAAAGUCUUCCAUUCACGAUAUUCUAAGAGGACUCAAAAAUACGCUAAGCAUGACUUCUACUUACUUCUAUAAAAAAGUUGUCCUUACGUUGGGGCAAAAAGGAUAUGGAAACUUAGAACUUUCAAAAUUAAAAAAGCUUUGCAAGUUGACAGGUACAAAAGAACGUCGUGAAAGUCUUUCAUCUAAAUAGUGUGUAUGUAUGUAACAUUUUUAGAUUUAAAUAGAAAUUUUUGACAAUUAUUUUUUAUUUCAAGUAUUAAAUGCG